AUGAACAAACCAACGCAACCAUGGUACGUAGGCCUGGAUGUAACGCAAAGGCAUGAGUCAUAUCGUUUGAUCAUUCAGCGUUUCCUGAUCGUUCAUGCGAGUGGAGCACCAUCUCGGGGAAACGUAAACGAAAAAGUCUUAAAUGGAGAGACAGCUCUGCAUAGAGCUGCUGUGACUGGUAAUGUGAAGGAAGCUCAAAAACUCAUCGAUCAAGGAGCCGAAGUUAAUAUUGAAAGUGUUUUGAACGAAACACCCCUUCAUUAUGCCGCUUCCAAUGGUCAUAGGAGUGUCGCUGAAUUUCUCAUCCGUAAAGGAGCCAAUACUUGUAUUAAAAAUAAUGCGAAUCUUACACCUCUUCAAGUAGCUGUUAACAAUGGUAAAGCUGACUAA